AUGUUCCUCCUCCCCACCCGUUCCUCUCUGUCCCGCCCACAGAUGGACUACCUGGGCCCCCCCUUCGACAGCCCGGACUUCGACCCUCCACGGCUCAACCGGACAGAGGCCAUCCCCAGCGCCACGCUGGAGGUGAGCGUCUGGCGGAACCUGGACGACCGGCUGCGUCUGACGGAGAACCUACGGGCCUACAGCCUCCUCCUGAGUUGCCUCGGGGACAUGAACCGGGACCUGGCCAACCCUGCUCUGCGCCACACCUUCCAGCACUUCUGCACCAGCAUCCGGGGCCUGACCGUCAGCAUCUCGGGCCUGGUGACCUCCCUGGGGUACCCCCAGCCCCCCACCCUGCCCCCUCCUCCCGGGGCCCAGGGGCUGGUGCCCACCUCCAGUGACUUUCUCCGCAAGCUGGACCACUUCUGGCUGAUGAGGGAGCUGGAGGGUUGGCUCCUGCGGUCGGCCAAGGACUUCAAUCGCCUGAAGAAGCGUCUCGGGGGCUUGGUGGUCCGUUUGGACUAUCGGGGGCUGUGA